CUUCCAACACGGAUUCGCUUGGCAAGCCCAUCAUCACACAUAUAUAGAUAUUUUUUCUCUUGCAAACCAAAGACAUGGUUGCAACAUCUCAAGUCCUUUUUCUAUUCUUUUAUCUCAACGGUUACUUUCCCCUCUAUUAACGGCAAAUUUUCAGUGUCUUCUCAGCUCCCCACAACACAACCCAUCAAAAACCCAGUUGUAGAGAUUUGGGUUUUUGAGAGAGAGAGAGAGCAAACUUGUGUGAUUUGGGUUUUAGAGAGAGAAAACCCAGAUGGAUUUCAGCUCGUUCUUGACGUCUCUAGGGACGUCGUGCGUGAUAUUUGUGGUUCUGGUGUUGUUGUUUGUUUGGCUGUCGAGAAAACCCGGGAACGCGGUGGUGUACUAUCCGAAUCGGAUCCUGAAGGGGAUGGAUCCGUUUGAGGGCGGGUCUAUAAGCCGGAACCCCUUUGCGUGGAUCCGAGAGGCUCUCUCUUCUACAGAGCAAGAUAUCAUCAACAUGUCUGGUGUGGACUCUGCUGUGCACUUCGUCUUUUUGACCACUGUGUUGGGGAUAUUGGUUUUAUCUGGGGUUGUUCUGCUGCCGGUUCUUUUGCCAGUGUCUGCCACUGAUAACAGUGUGCAGACAAACCACACCAUAAGCAACGGGACUUUCAAUGACCUUGACAAGCUAGCCAUGGGACAUAUUAAAGCAGGCAGUUCGAGGUUUUGGGCGUUUCUAUUAGCCACCUAUUGGGUUUCUUUUGUUGCAUAUUACCUUUUGUGGAAGGCAUACAACCACGUUUCUGAUCUGAGAGCUGCUGCUUUAAUCUCUCCUGAAGUGAGAGCUGAAAAAUUUGCUAUUCUUGUCAGGGACAUCCCUCCUCCACCCGAUGGUCAAACUAGAAAGGAACAGGUUGAUUCAUAUUUUCGAACAAUCUAUCCGGAUACAUUUUACAGAUCAAUGGUGGUCACAGACAACAAAGAGGUCAACAAAAUUUGGGAAGAGUUGGAAGGGUACAAAAAGAAGCUUGCACACGCUGAAGCCAUAUAUGCUGACUCAAAGAAAAAUGGCAAACCUGAAGGGAUUCGACCGACAAACAAAACCGGUUGUCUUGGUCUCACUGGUAAAAAAGUAGAUUCCAUAGAGUACUACAACGAGAAAAUUAAUGAAUUGAUCCCAAAAUUAGAAGCCGAACAAAAGGUCACUCUGAGAGAGAAACAACAAGGAUCGGCUUUGGUCUUCUUUAACAGCCGGUUAACUGCAGCUUCGGCAGCUCAGAGUCUACAUGCUCAAAUGGUUGACAAGUGGACCGUCAUGGAUGCUCCUGAGCCCCGCCAACUGAUAUGGACUAACCUUCAUAAAAAAUUUUACGAAAGGCAAAUAAGACAGUAUGUUGUUUAUGUUUUUGUUGCGUUGACCAUAAUUUUCUACAUGAUUCCAAUCACGUUCAUUUCUGCGCUCACAACACUGGUCAAUCUAGAGAAGUUUCUCCCGUUUUUAAAACCCGUUGUUAGUAUGGCGACAAUUAAGACAGUCUUGGAAGCAUACUUACCUCAGCUUGCCCUUAUCAUAUUUUUGGCUAUUUUGCCGAACCUUCUUUUGUUUCUAUCCAAGGCUGAGGGAAUCCCUUCAGUGUCUCACGCAGGAAGGGCUGCCUCGGGGAAAUACUUUUAUUUCACAGUGUUCAACGUUUUUAUUGGAGUUACAAUUGGUGGAACCCUGUUUGCGUCCUUGAAGAACAUUGGGAAUAAUGCAAAUCUAAAAUAUGUUGUUACGUUACUAGCAACAAGCCUUCCAGCUAGCGCAACUUUCUUCCUGACCUAUGUGGCCCUGAAGUUUUUUGUUGGCUAUGGGCUGGAACUGUCCCGAAUAGUUCCUUUAAUCAUUUACCAUCUUAAGAGGAAGUACCUUUGCAAGACUGAAGCUGAGCGGAAAGAAGCUUGGGCUCCUGGAGAUCUUGGGCUAGCAACUAGGGUACCUGGUGAUAUGCUGAUUGUCACAAUUGUUCUUUGCUAUUCUGUCAUCGCUCCUAUCAUCAUUCCUUUUGGUGCACUAUACUUUGCCCUUGGUUGGCUUGUCCUUCGAAAUCAGGUACUCAAAGUCUAUGUUCCUUCGUACGAGAGCUACGGGAGGAUGUGGCCGCAUAUAAACGCGCGCAUCGUGGCAUCUUUAUUGUUAUACCAAGUAUUAAUGGUUGGUUACUUUGGAAUAAAGCAGUUCUACUAUGCUCCAUUCUUGAUCCCUCUUCCAAUACUCUCCCUGAUCUUCGCCUUCGUUUGUCGCAAUAAAUUCUACCGAUUCUUCCAAUCCACCGCUCUUGAAAUUGCUUGCCGCGAAUUGAAGGAAACGCCGAACAUGGAAGUAAUCUUCAGAUCUUUCAUUCCACCGAGCUUGAGCGCUGGCAAAGCUGACGAAGAAGAGUUUGAAGACGCGUUAUCUCAUGGGGUUUCAAGGUCAUCAUCGUUCGUUUGAUGUAGAUUAUAUUUGUUUGUGUUUUUCCCACUAGUUUCAUGGUGUUUAUUUUAACUUUGAAGCAUGUAAAUUUGACUGGUACUUAAAUUGUUUGUUGGUAAUUAGCACGAUUAGGAAGUAUGUAUUUUUUUUUUGUAACAUAUAUAUGAUGUAUGUGUUUCUGAAAUGUGAAAAUUUUCAUUCUGCCUGUAUUAGUACUAAGAUAGAGUCUGUUAGUUUGCAAAAGUUAAAUCACAUGAAACGUGUAAACUUGAUUUA